UUUGCAAAUUCCAAUCACCCGCCAUCUUGUUCCUGUGACUGAGCAACGCUCGAGAAUAUGACCAGUGUCGCAGCUUUGGCUGGGAUACCCUCUGCUACAGGAACGAAGCGUACAGCUGAAGAUAUACUGAGCAUAGCAGGCCUUAUGGGGGACCAGAAAAAGGCAAGAUUUGAAAAUGCUCCAUCAAAAGUGAUCCAUGUUAGAAAUGUACCAGUUGAUGCUAAUGAUACAGAGCUUCUUGCACUUGGACUGGAAUUUGGACGAGUAAAAAAUGUCCUUUUAUUAAAAACUAAACGACAGGGUUUUAUUGAAAUGGAGGACAAACAAACAGCCGCAAACUUUCUCACAUAUUACUCACAUAUAUCACCAACCAUCAGAGGUCAAGUGGUAUAUGUGCAGUAUUCAAAUCAUCCUGAGUUGAAGACAGAACCCUCUCAGCAUUCGUCUGGGACUUCCAAAAUCAUUGCAGCUGGUGGAGACUAUCCUUACUCAGCAGAUGGACAGGGUGCUCUUGCUGCUGCUGCAGCCAAAGUUGUGACAGGAAAUAAAAGCAAUGUUAUCAGAGCAGUGAUUGACAAGUUGUGGUAUCCAAUAACUGUUGAAGUCCUCUACAAGAUAUUUUCAAGUUUAGGGACUAUUCUUAGGAUUGUGACCUUUACAAAAAAUGGUCAGUUUCAGGCGCUAAUAGAAUUCACCACUGUUACUGAAGCAGAGCUGGCAAAAGUUACACUUGAUGGACAAAAUAUUUACAAUGGCUGCUGCACCUUGCAUCUUGAAUUCUCCAAAUUGACCACGUUGACAGUGAAAUACAACAAUGAUAAGAGCAAAGAUUACACCAGACCUGAUCUUCCCUCAGGUCCCAAUGACAGCCCUUUUAGUGGAGCUGAUCUUGCUGGUUUACUUACUGGUGGUGCAGCUGGAAGUGCUAGUCUGAUGGGAGCUCCAGCUCUUUUGAGUCUUCUCCCUCAAGGAGGAUUACUCCCAGCAAGUUUCUUUGGUGCCACAGGCGGCAGAGGAGGAUUGAACAUGGGAGGGUCUCCUGUUGUCCUUGUUAGCAAUUUAAAUGAAGAGAAGAUAAACUGUGACAUGCUUUUCACUCUGUUUGGUAAUUAUGGUGACGUAAUCCGUGUAAAGAUUCUGUUUAACAAGAAGGACACAGCUCUAAUCCAGUUUAACGAUCCUCAACAAGCUCAGACAGCAAUCAGAAAUCUGAGUGGAGUCUCUAUGUAUGGAAAAGAAAUCAAAGUGACUUUGUCAAAACACACCUAUGUUUCCAUGCCAAAGGAUGGAGAUGAAAAUAAUCUAACAAAAGAUUUCACCAAUUCGCCCUUACAUCGCUUCAAGAAACCAGGAUCCAAAAACUUCCAGAACAUUUUCCCUCCUAUCAGAACACUUCAUGUAUCAAAUAUACCUGACACAGCUACAGAAGAAGAAUUAAUAGAUGCUUUCUCUGUUUCUGGAACAGUAACAGAAUUCCGCUUCUUUGCGAAAGACCGAAAAAUGGCCCUGGUGACUAUGACAACAAUAGAAGAGGCAAUUGAUGCUCUUAUUAAAAUGCACAACUACAAAAUCACAGAAUCUAAUCACCUCAGAGUAUCUUUUGCUAAAACAAGAUCAUCUAACUGAGCAUCUGAAUCUAACCUGUGAUCACACAUUCUUUUUUUGGUGGGAACUCAAAUUUUGGCAGUGCAAAAAAAGCUUGUCAGAUUACAGGUUGCUCCAUAUCAUGCCUAAGUCAUCUCAAACUCAAGUCAGUUGACCUUUAUGUACAUGCAGCUGUACGUGCACACGUUCCAAUGCAAUUAACAUUUUAAAAGUAACAUAUUGCCUAAUCAAAGUGAAGGAUUCCUUUUUUGAAAUUUUCGUUCUCUAGUAUGAAAACAUCAAAAUUUCCUACAUUUUAGGAUCUGUUUCAUUAGCAUUGUAGAUAAACCAUCACUUAAAUAGGGAAAUUCAAAAUAUUGGAAUUAUAUACUUGGGAAUUUUCUGUUUUCUUUUUUCAUUUUGAUUUAUGCUUUGCUUUUUUUUGGAUUUGAUGCACAAAUUACUUAAUUUUUGUUAGGUGAAAAGGAUUAAAGGCAAGGGUGGCCUCUGUAUUUUAAAAAUUUGAAAUAUGUGCUUUGGGUGCUAGACAUCUUAUUGCCUCUACAUCUACUGUUCUUGUUAGAUUUAAUUUAAUAUUUGUUGAUCCUUGUAUUCAGAUCUCCUAAGGGUUUUUUUUCAGUUCAUCUAUUUUACUUUAAUAGCUGAUCUUUCUUGGAAAUUUAGGGCUUAAAAAGUUCUUUUCAAAGUUAAUGAAUCAUCUCUUUGAUUUGUGGUUUUUAAGCAAGUUAAUAAUUAAAACCAAUAGGUUUUCUUCUAUUACUUUGGAAGUAAAUUCAAAUUGGGGUUUUAUUUGUUGUCACAUCUGGUUUGACAAUUUGAAUUGACCAAAGGUUUUGCCCUUCAAUAUGGUUACAGAUUUGAUUGAUUUGUUGAAAAAAUAAGGUUGAUCAAUCAGUUUUAUUUGUAAAACUUAUAGGGGUGCUAGAUUCAUGUAUAUUCAAUUUUUCACUUCAGCUCUUAAGGAGGGUUCUUAAAUUCAAUUUGUAAUGUUUAACACUUUUUUUCCUUUGAUUCAUAGGGAUUUGUUGUGAUUCUUUGUCGGUAUGGGGGGAAGGGUCUUGUUAAGAUAGCUUUAGACAUGUUAUUCUUGUUCCUGUUUGUAGCAGCUUGUAAAAUGAGAGAGAUUGAGAAAAAUAAAAAUUAAUUUCUUACUUUG